GUUGUUCCAUGACAUCCCAGUUAACCAGAGGGGCCAAACUCAAAGGCAUAGAGAAGCCAUGAGUUUCCCUUUUCCUCCUAAUCCAUACAGUACGCCAUCGAGCAGUGAUGAUGAUGCUGAUAAUGGUAGCUACACUCCUUCUCACAAAAGCUCGUCUGAUCUAAACAGCAAGAUCAUGCUCACUGCAAUCGUUUCAUUAUCGGUGGUGAUCGCGCUUGUUAUCACACUUCACAUCUACGCUAGAUGUGUCCUGAGGCGGCGGGCGCGGCGGCGGUCGGCCUUGCUCAGCAUAACUCUCUCCCGAGUGCACUCCGAUGAGCCACCCAAGACCGGGCUGGAUCAAUCCGUUAUCGACUCUCUACCGAUGUUCAAGUUCAGCGAGAAUGAUACCCAGGAGGAGGGUGGGACGACCGACUGUGCGGUAUGCUUGAGUGUCCUAGAGGAAGGAGAGAUUGCCCGGCUUCUACCCAACUGCAAGCACACUUUCCAUGCAGAGUGCAUAGAUAAAUGGUUGGGCACACACUCAACGUGCCCCAUCUGCCGCACGGAGGCUGAGCCCCGCCUGCAGCCCGAGCCCCGUGAGGCUAUGGUCAUGAUCAGGACUGUUCCCCCCGCAUCCGAGUCUCCUUCAGAUGGAACUAACUCAUCGUCCUUGGCAUGCUCGGAAGGGACAUCAGAGGGUGCGGCGCAAUGCUCGGCUAAGUCUGGUGCAUCGACUUCUCGGUUGAGUUCAUUCAGGAGGAUGCUUAGUAGGGGAUCAUCAAGGACAACUCAAUCCUGUGGUGCCCCAGAAGAUGGUAUAGAAGAUGUUGAGAGGCGAUGAUCAUCAUGGGGUAAAAUUAAACUUAAAAGCACUUUGUUUGAUUAAAAACUACAUAUACAUGGAGUGAUUAUUUGAUUGGAUUCAGUACAUGUUCCAUAGAUGAAAAGCAUACAUGAUUAAUGGCCUUAAUCCCAAUCCAGAUGGGUUGGGGGUGAUGAGUAUGAGUUUAGCUUGUGAGACAAGUUUUGUAUAUUUUUCAAACUUCAAUUAAUAGAUCAUGUAUUAUGUAUUGUUAUUGUUAUUAUUAUUUAAAUACAAUAUUUAUUGGUCU